GUAGUCUAGUUAAUGACCAGACGUUACCAAGAACGUACAUCUCGGUCAGCUUUCCAAUUGCGGAAAAUUGUUAGCUGAAGAUUCGGUGAAUCCGUCUAAUUUCGAAAUAAUUUCCGGUCCACAUUUUGCCAUGUCAGAAUCGAACAACUUUUCCGUUCCGAACAUAAUCCGGAAAAAGAGGGACAAGGAGGAGCUGGACGAUGCCGAAAUUCGCUACAUCAUUGACAAAAUAAUCGCUCCCUCAGCAGAAGAGAGGAUUCACGAUGCUCAAAUCGGAGCCUUUUUAAUGGCCUCGUAUCUCAACGGACUGUCACCGACGGAAACUGUGUCUCUGGUGAAAGCCAUGACAUUCUCGGGCUUUCAAUUUAAUUGGCCUGAAGGAUGGAAAGGCACCGUGGUUGACAAACAUAGCACGGGCGGAGUCGGGGACAAAAUUUCCCUCAUCCUCGCUCCUGCCUUGGCCGCUUGUGGGCUGAAAGUUCCCAUGAUUUCGGGACGAGGGUUGGGAUUCACGGGUGGCACUUUGGACAAAUUGGAAGCUAUUCCUGGCUACUCCGUCUCCUUGAGGAAGGAACAGUUUGUGGAGGUCUUGGAGAAAGUUGGGUGUUGCAUUAUGGGACAGACGAGUGACAUUGCACCAGCAGAUAAAAUCAUCUAUUCCAUUCGGGACACGACCAGCACUGUGGAUUACGACAGUCUUAUCGUGGCCUCAAUCAUUUCCAAGAAGGCGGCCGAAGGGUUGGACGCUCUCGUUCUGGAUGUCAAAGUGGGGAAGGGAGCCAUGAUGAAAAAUUUCGCGGACGCGGAAAACCUUGCAGAAAAAUUGGUGAGUGCUGGGAACUUGUUCGGGAUGAAAGUGUCUGCCCUCAUCACGGACAUGAAUGACCCGUUGGGGAGAGCGGUAGGAAAUGCUCUCGAAGUGGCAGAGUCAAUCCAAUCUCUGAAAAAUCAGGGACCCGAGGAUUUGAUUGAGUUGACUUGUGUGCUUGGAGGCCAGUUGUUGUACACGUUGGGGAAGACGGGCUCAUUAGAAGAGGGCAAGGAAGAGAUCAGGGAAACACUUUUGAGUGGAACUGCUCUUAAAAAGUUUAAAGACAUGUUGGUGAGUCAGGGAACGAAGGAGAGCGUGGCGCACGACCUGUGUCACGGAGACAUGUGGAAACACUUACCCAAGGCGGAGAAAGUUGUGGAAAUCCUUUCGCCCACUGCAGGCUAUGUGAAAGACAUUGACGCGUUGGGGAUCGCCACAUUGUGUCACAGGCUCGGAUGUGGGAGAACUUGUCCAGGAAGUCCGGUGAAAUUUGAGCCGGGAGUCAUCCUUCUGAAGAAGCCGGGGGAGAGAGUGGCGGAGAAGGAGGUUCUCCUUCAAGUACACUUACCAAAUGACUACUCGGAUAAUCCCGUGCUCUGGAGUGAAGACCAAGUCCUCGAUAUGUUCACGUUUCACCCCGAUGAACCCGCUCCUAAGCCACUCGUCGUCAAAAUGUUGUAGACAAAUGGACGUAACAAUAAUUGAAGGUGACGAAAAGGGUGCUUGAGAUGUUAAAGUAUUUAGAAAUAAAGAAUUUCCAGGAAAACAUUCGAUAUGGAUUUGAUGAUUUGUGACGACAACUACUUAAAUACGGAUUUAAUGAUUUGUGACUGCUUACUUGUGAUGGGUUGGAUGUUACAUAUUCGUAAUUUAUUGUGGGUUGGAGUAAAAAUGAGUACGAUAUUAAAGGAACAAAGUAGCCGAGA